AUGAUAUACUUAACCGAUGUAUGGAAGCUUAACAUCACACACGCUUCGGCAAUUGUCAAUGCGUUUCUGGGUUUAAUAGGAAUUUUGCCCUUUGCUAUGCUAUUUGUAGCAGACACUUUCCUUGGCAAUUUCUGGAUGCUCUUAUUCUCGACUCUCUCAUUUUCUACGGGAAUGGGCAUGUUAACUAUGUCAACUCCACCAGUUCUGGCGAACGCCCUGGACACGUGCAGUGCCUAUGAUCCCGAGUGCAUUGGCAACGGCCAGCGUAUACUGUUUUACGCAGCUAUUGUUCUAAUAGCAGUAGGGAUUUCUGGUCAUGCAAUUUCCUUGGGGACUUUCAUUGCUGAGCAAUUUUUGGAUGCAAUAGAAAGGGCUGACAUAAACGGAUUUUCAAUACUGACUAUGUUUGGUGGUAAUAUUGCUACAUUCAUUAUCACUACUGUGGCAGUUCUGGGACUUCCAUACAUAAAGCCCUGGUCACUUCGAUUUGGAAUUCCAACAAUUUGCAUGGUAGUGGCUAUGGUAAUAUUCUUGAGUGGUUCGCAUCGUUAUACGCGUAAUAGGCCAUCUGGAAGCCCAUUGACAAUUCUGUUUAGGGUGCUGGUAGCAUCUGCCUCCAAGUUUUUUGAGCAGAGGCCUGUGGAUGUGAAUCAGUACUAUGGAGUCCUAGAGUAUUCUGCUGUAGUAGAUAUACUGCCACCUAUUCGUUGUUGGAGGUGCUUUGAGAAAGCUGCAAUAAUAUUGCCUGACCAGUCACUUGAGCAACAACAACAGAACAGAUGGAAACUUUGCGCAUUGACAGAAGUGAGAAAUGCUCAAUACAUAGUCUACAUGAUUCCCAUGGCAAUGGCCUUUAUUUUUGGGGGUUUAUUAUCUUCAUUGUCACAUACAUACUUUAUUGAGCAAGCAAAGAAUAUGAACUACAAGGUAGGAAGCCUAACAAUACCCAUUACAGUCCUUUUCUGGUUCUAUGCACAAGGAAGACAAUAUUUUCCCAAACUAUACUUUGGAUUUGCCAAUUGUGGACCAAAUGCUCGAUUCUAUGCUCCCAUACUUGGCAUUUCAGUGUCAAUGAUGCUUGGAGUGCUUUGUUGUAUUACUGCUGCGAGCGUGGAGUCUCGAAGACUGGAUGUGGUUAGAAAACACGGUUUGCUGGGGAAACCCGAUGAUACAAUUCCAAUGAGCGUUUUCUGGCUACUUCCACAGUAUAUUCUUCUCCGGGCUGUAGACGGGAUUCUUGAAUUCAGCACCGCGGCUUUUCUCAAUAACUACUUUAUUCUCCCAUGGAGCCAAUUCAUGCUUACUUUUACUAGUCUUGGACAAGGCUUGGGAUGCCUUGGCAGUGUGCUGUGUGUGUAUAUUGUUGGCAAGCUGAGUGAAAGGGGAGGAAAUCCGAGUUGGUUUCAAGGCACGCUCAAUGAAAGUCGACUCGAUAAGUAUUAUUGGACACUGGCAUGGUUGAUUGCCAGCAACAUUGUCCCAUUCAUUGUCUUGAGAUUCUGGUAUGGUCAUAUGCAAAAAAAGGAGGAGGAUGCUCCUGCUGAGACCCAAUGGUGUUGCUGUUGUUAG